GACGGAAACAGAGAGCAAUCGGGAGUGGGCGGGGCUUCUGGAGCCCCCUGUAUGCGAGUCAAUCGGGAGUAGGCGGGGCUUCCGGAGCCCUCUGUAUGAGAGUCACCUGAAGAGCAGAGAGAAGCCUUCAGAAGAAACUAACCGCCGCCGCCGGAGGAGGGAGUUCGAAGCCGAGUUCGCAUCUUCUAACCGUGAAGUCUUUGGCCGUGAAGUCAAGUCACUCACACAGGAAUUUAUGGACACUUUUUACCUUUUGGAAACCGCAAAACAUAGACCUACGUAGCCUACGAAUCACCGUGUACUAUUUUUGGAAGUCUGUAGAUACAAGUUUACCGCCAUUGGUCUGGGGAAAUUGUUUAGUUUGAUUUAUUCAGCAGAGUUAAGACUGUGGAUUUGUUUCAACCUCUCCGGUAAAAAUGAAUUGGAUACAGCUUCUCAGGGUUGUGCUCUGCGCAGCGACCUGUCUCCGCUGUGCUGCCGCUCCGCCCGCUGCAGGCUGUGAGGGAGACGAGUGCGGCAGAGCCCAGACCUCCUCUUCAUCCCCCUCUCUGUCUUCUUCGUCUUCCGCGGUGGUGAAAGCCCAGCAGCCCUCCAAGGACUUCCUGGGCCAGUUUACCCAGGUGAGCUCACCAAACGGCGGGGACCGUAAACACCGCGACGCCAGCGCCGUCCUGCCCUUCAUCGGCCUCACGGGCAGUGCUGAGCAGAGUCGGAGCUGCUGUAAGAACGGAGGAACCUGUAUCCUGGGCAGCUUCUGUGCCUGCCCUCCGUUCUUCACCGGGAGGAGCUGCGAGUACGACCAGCGCAUCAGGAGCUGCGGUUCGAUUCCUCACGGCGAGUGGGUUCAGAAAGGAUGCUCCUACUGUCGCUGUGGUUACGGCGUCCUGCACUGCUUCCCCCACGUCUUCAAUAACGACUGUGAUGACUCGGAGGAGGUGCGUUGGUAUCACUCGUCCGCUGUCAGGACAGUUGUGCCCGGCUGCUUCCUGUUUCUGAUGCUGCUUCUUCCCCUGCUUCCCCUCCUCUGAUUGGUUUAAAAAAAACAA